GUCUGGGGACAACAAUGCUCACAACAUCACUGGGCAGGCAUCCUGGGUUACUGAUGGUGUGACGUCAGGGCCGUGUGCAUCAGUCUCGUCCAUAUACCCAGCAUGGGAGGUAGAGUUUACACAGAACAGGACCGUUAGCAGGAUCAGGAUAUUCUGGGAAGAUCAACAGGAUGACGUACAUGUGUCUGUAGAUGGAAGAAUAUGUCACACCGCGAACUCUUCCUACAUGUGGGAAGCAGAGUACACCCUGGAGUGUGAUGUACCCGUGACGGGGAUCCAUCUCCGGAUAUAUCGCCAACCUACAGUAGGGAUGCUGAAUCUGAGUUUCUGCGAGGUGGAAAUAUACGCUCUACCGCUGGAAACGUCUUCUUCAAUGUCUUCUUCCACAACUACUACCAUGCCAACAACAUCCAAGACAUUGUCUACGACAAAAGUGACUACUUCAUCAAUAGGUACAGCGUUGUGGGUCACUAUGUCCACUACUGCACAAACAUCCAACACAAUGGCAACACCACCAACAGCGACAGCACACCCAUCGGAAACAUCCACGCCUCCAUCUGGUGCAGCAGAGUCCCCCGAUAGCAGGUUCCCGUUAUUGUACGUCACUGUCGUGGGUGCUGUGGCUGCUGGUGUCGUCACUGUUGCGGUUGUUGCGGUUGUUGCUGUUGUGUGUGUGAGGUAUGGUGCAGCUAUCAACAGAAACGGAAAGGAAAAAGGCCCCAAGCCAGAGACGCUGAAGAAGCAGUUGUCCCAUCUUAUGAAAUGUGUGUAG